UCUCCAGUGUAGCUGCACCUUUUGAGGUGGAACAAUCCACUAGGAUUGUGCCACUGCUGGUGUUGCAUUAUUCUGCAAAAAUAGACACACACUCACACGCCCUAAUGCUAGUAGUAUUUUCCUAGGGAGGGGAAUUUUCCCCCAGCGCUGCCUCUUGCCGUUUGAUAGGUCAGAUUUUCCCCGCUGCCUGGCUUUUUCCAACAGAAGCCGAGCCCUUUCUUUAUAUCUCGGGUCGUUGUUUGGCGGGGAAGAGGGAGAAAGCCGUCCGAAGGAUGAAGCCGGCACAGACCGGGAGCUUCCCAGCUGGCCUCCCACGAGGGUUUGGCUUCCACGGAUUGAAUGGGUUGCGGGGGAAAGGCCUUGGAGAUUAAACUGCCUGCAGCCGCUUCUCGAGCCCCUCUGCAGAGGACCCUCCCCACGGAUCAGCUGCACUGAGUCUCUCUCCACAGCACAAGCGAAAAAAUACGUUAAAGUGUUCCAGUGGGCAAGCUAAAGAGAAUCUUGAUAAAUGGCCUGCACUUCCACUUCCUGCUGAAUAGUUGAAGGUGAUCAAAAUCAUGGUUGUUCAAAAUGGCUGAAGAUCAGAUAGUAGAGAAUGAGGAAACAGCGCCUUCUGCCAACAUGGAUGGCAAUCCUGUGAAUCAAGUUAUUCAGGAAGUUGGUGCUGCAGAUCCCAAGACUGCUGAUGGCAACAUACAAAGCGAACAAACAGCUCUACUGAGCAGCUAUAGACCACAAGCCCAGGAACCACUGCCUGAGCCAACAACACUGGGCAGAAUGAAGCAAAUCUGUGCUUGUCCACCCCAAGGCAUACUUGCAAAAAUUGUAACCUAUGGAACAGCAAUAGUGCUGGUCUGGGCUGUGAUUUGGUCUAUUACAGGCGAUGAAUGUCUUCCGGGUGGGAAUCUCUUUGGAAUUUUGUUCCUCUUCUUUUUUGCUGUAAUCGGUGGUAAACUUAUGGGUCUGAUUAAAUUACCUGGUUUACCUCCCUUCCCUCCACUUCUUGGAAUGCUACUUGUUGGAUUCCUCAUCAGAAAUGUCCCAUACAUCACUGAUAUAGUCCAGAUUAAGGUGAAAUGGGGAGCAACCUUGAGAAACAUUGCCCUCUCUGUUAUUUUGGUUCGUGCUGGCCUUGGCCUUGACCCAAAGGCUCUGAAAAAAUUAAAGGCUGUCUGUUUAAGGCUGAGCAUGGGGCCCUGUCUCACUGAAGCUUGUAUAGCAGCUGUUAUGUCUCACGUCCUCAUGCACCUGCCUUGGCAAUGGGGCUUUAUGUUAGGAUUUGUUUUAGGUGCUGUGUCUCCUGCUGUUGUGGUCCCUUCAAUGUUGGUUUUACAAGCAGGAGGAUAUGGUGUUGACAAAGGUGUCCCAACCUUGCUGAUGGCUGCCGGAAGCUUUGAUGACAUUCUGGCCAUCACGGGUUUCAAUACCUGCUUAGGCAUUGCCUUCUCUUCAGGCUCCACCCUUGAUAAUAUCCUCCGUGGUUUGCUGGAAGUUGCAGUUGGUAUAGCCGCUGGGGGCCUUUUGGGAAUUUUUGUUCGCUACUUCCCAAGCAAGGAUCAGGAAUCACUUGUAUGGAAGAGAGCAUUCUUUGUGAUGUCUCUUUCUAUGUUUGCUGUCUUUGGCAGCAUGUAUUUUGGAUUCCCUGGAACUGGAGGACUCUGCACAAUCGUUUUAGCAUUUCUGGCUGGGAUAGCGUGGUCCGAUGAGAAAAAAGAGGUAGAAAAAAUUAUUGCAGUUGCCUGGGAGAUUUUCCAGCCUUUUCUCUUUGGUUUAAUUGGAGCUGAAAUAACCGUUGCAUCACUUAAGCCUGAAACUGUUGGGCUUUGUGUGGCCACACUAUUUGUUGGAUUGGCAGCCCGAAUUACAGCCACAUUCCUCUUGGUGUGUUUUGCUGGCUUUAACAUUAAGGAGAAGAUAUUUAUUUCUUUGGCAUGGAUUCCCAAAGCAACUGUGCAGGCUGCAAUUGGUUCAGUUGCUUUAGAUACAGCACGAACUCAACAAGAUGAAGCAUUAGAAAAAUAUGGCAUGGAUGUCUUGACGGUUGCUUUCCUGGCAAUCUUGAUCACAGCUCCAAUUGGAGCACUAAUAAUUGGCCUGGCUGGGCCCCAACUUCUCCACAAAGCCAACAAGGACAAUGGUGAUGAAGAUCAUGGAGAAACAGCAGGAGAAGAAAUGGCAACGCAUGGGUCAGUAUAGGGAAGGAUUAGGUCUCAGUCUCCUGCCCGUAUUACACUCAAUUGAUAUUCAGAGCUUUUUAGGAGUAAACAUGCUGCAGAGUGGUACGCAGAAGGCUGAAGGCCUUUAAUAUACCUGAUAGGUCCUUCAAAAACAGCAACUCAGGUACCAGUGAAAAUGUAUGGUUACAUAACAUCAGUAUCCAAAUUCUUCUUCAUCUUCAAUAUUGGGUUUCUGAAGAGUAGCUGCCCCAAGCAAAAUUUCUAGAUUGAAUCUACAGAUUGACACCUAGAAUAAGGUAGUGGCUUGACUGUGAGAUGUGAAUGCCAACUAGCAAGGAUGUCUGAUGUAUUUGAUAUGACUCCCAAGACAAAUGCUUUGAAGUAGAAAGAUGCAUAAGAUCAAUACUGGAAGAAAAUAUAGUUAAACCCCCAUAUUUAUGGAAGAUGUUCCAGGAUGGACCAUGGUUACCAGAAACUGCAGAUAUGAACCAACCUCAUUAAAGUAUUGUAUUUGACUAAUACACUAGAGUUGCAUUGGAGGACAAUACAGACUCCUAAAGAGGUAAUUGCCAUAAGAUUUUUUUAUCCAAUUCCCCUUACAGUGCAAACCCUUCCAAGUUUAUUCAGAAGUAUAGUAGAAUCUCGCUUAUCCAACAUAAACGGGCCUGCAGAAUGUUGGAUAAUUAAAAAUGGUGGAUAAUAAGGAGAGAUUAAGGAAAAGCCUAUUAAAUGUCAAAUUAUUUAUUUAUGAAUUUAGCACCAAAACAUGCAAUGUAUUGAAAACAUUGAAUACAAAAACCCUAACUCCUAAAAGGCAGGCUGUGUUGGAUAAUACACAACGUUGGAUAAACAAAGUUUGGAUAAGCGAGACUCUACUGUAAAUCCUACUGUUGAAUGGAGCAUAGCCCAGGUAAGUAUUUAUAGGAUUGUGGCCUCAAUUAUGAUGGAUAAUCCAUCUUAUUUAAUGUGAAAAAUAUUGUAAUGAUAUCGGGCAUCAAGCAUUAUCUUGGAAAAGGCCUCUCCCUGUUUUCACGCAGUGCCUUUUUUGUUGUCUGAACUUUUCAUAAGUGCUUGUGAUAAAAAAUAAAGAAGAUCCACUUCUGUCUGA